CAGAAAGUAAGUGCAUCUUAUCAUCAAUGGAGCAGUUGGAAAUCGGGUUAUUCGCGGCGCUCUUCUUCCUCUCCGCCGCUCUCACCCGCAUUCUUCUCAGGAAGAAGUCGCGGUCUCCUCCGGGCCCUUUCCCCCUCCCUGUGAUCGGCCACCUCCACCUCCUCGGCCCCCAACUCCACCAGACCUUCCACGACCUGUCGAAGCGCUAUGGGCCGCUGAUGCAGCUCCGCCUGGGCUCCAUCAACUGCGUGGUGGCGUCGUCUCCGGAGCUGGCCAAGGAGUGCCUCAAGACGCAGGAGCUGGUGUUCUCGUCGCGCAAGCACUCCACCGCCAUCGACAUCGUCACCUACGACUCCUCCUUCGCCUUUUCCCCCUUGGGCCCCUACUGGAAAUUCAUCAAGAAGCUCUGCACCUACGAGCUCCUCGGCGCCCGCAACCUCCUCCACUUCCAGCCCAUCCGCACCCUCGAGGUCAACACCUUCCUCCAAAUCCUUCUGCACAAGGGAAAAUCAGGGGAGAGCUUCAACUUGACGGAGGAGCUUGUGAAGCUGACCAGCAAUGUGAUAUCGCACAUGAUGUUGAGCAUCAGGUGCUCGGGGACGGAGGGGGAGGCGGAGGCGGCGAGGACGGUGAUUCGCGAGGUGACGCAGAUCUUCGGAGAAUUCGACGUGGCGGACAUCAUCUGGAUGUGCAAGAACUUCGAUCUCCAAGGGAUAAAGAAGAGGUCGUUGGAUAUCCAGAGGAGAUACGACGCCUUGCUCGAGAACAUCAUCACCGCCAGGGAGAAGCAGCGCCGCAGCGGCGCCGCCUCUGGGGAGGCCAGGGAUUUUCUGGAUAUGUUUCUCGAUAUAAUGGAGAGUGGGAAGGCGGAAGUCACAUUUACACGGGAACAUCUCAAAGCUUUAAUUCUGGAUUUCUUCACCGCCGGCACCGACACGACGGCCAUAAUCUCGGAGUGGGCAAUAGCGGAGCUGAUUAACAACCCUAGCGUGCUGAAGAAAGCUCAAGACGAGAUUGCAAAAGUUGUGGGCUUCGAGAGAGUUGUAGAAGAAUCCGACGGCCCAAACCUGCCGUACCUGCAGGCCGUGAUUAAGGAAGCGUUUCGGCUACAUCCGCCGAUCCCAAUGCUGGCGAGGAAAUCGAUCUCCGAUUGCAUCAUCGACGGCUACACAGUUCCAGCCAACUCUCUGCUGUUCGUCAACCUCUGGUCGAUGGGCAGGAACCCCAAGAUCUGGGACAGUCCCGCAGAGUUCCGGCCGGAGCGGUUUCUGGAGAAGGCCAACUCCGCCAUAGAUAUCAAAGGGCAGCAUUUCGAGUUGCUGCCGUUCGGGACGGGCAGGCGGGGCUGCCCGGGGAUGUUGCUUGGAAUUCAGGAGGUGGUCAUCAUAAUCGGAACCAUGAUCCAGUGCUUCGAGUGGAAGCUGCCCGACGGCUCCAGCGCAGUCGACAUGACGGAGCGCCCGGGGCUCACGGCGCCUCGGGCGGACGAUUUGAUCUGCCGCGUCGUGCCUCGGAUUGAUCCAUCGGUUGUUUCGGUAAGUGUCUAAGUAAUUGAGUGCUGCGAGUUGUUCAUCUUGUUGAAUAUUUAAUCAACUAAUUGUGGCAGUGUUAUAGUGCCACUUGUUUAUUUAUAUUGGUUUAUUAUCUUAUUUAAAUAAAUUAAGGCCCU